GGAGGCCGGAGAGGACCUGGUCGAGGAGGAAGAGGAGGACGGCCUGGAAGAGAGAGAGGGGGAGGACCGAGUGCCCAGUCCCCGCAGCUUUCGGACCCGCAGCACCGGCCAGUUGGAGCUGGGCCGCCUCAAGGUGCCCAGUCGGCCAGAUCUCUUCCAGCAAGGCUCCGUGGCGGGGAGCUCGCCCAACGCGGGGGCAGCCGAGCCGUCGGGCCGGAGGCCCAGGAGCCCCUCCGGGGGCCACGGCGACAAGCAGGAGGAGGUGGAGGGCGAGCAGCAGCAGCGGGCCCCGGGUAGCCCGGGCUGUGAAGGAGGCCCCGGGGCCGAGGGCCCCUGGACCACGAGCCCCGGCCCCGCGACCGGCACCGGGCUAAGCAGCCCGGAGGAAGCCCGCGAGCCGGAGGUGGGGGAGCAGGACUCCGGAGCCCCUCGGCCCGAUGAGGAACCCCAGCGGCUCCUCCGGAGGAGCCUCAGCUUCCGCCACUGGCCGGGCGGGGAGGUGCUGCGGCUGCGGGCCCUCUCCCGCGACAAGCACCACCGCAGCUCCGGCUGCCUGCACCAGCCGCCCGAAGGGGAGCCCCUGUGGGCCGCCGAAGAGCCCGGGGAUGCUCUGGCCGCGGCGGCCGCCGCGAUGGGCCCCGUAGCCUCGGAGGAGCCUGUGCCCCUUCCCCAGCCGCAGCCCCCAGCCCCAGCGCAGCCCUCGGAGAAGCGCAACACCCUGGACGUGGGCGAGGUGCUCAGCAAGGUGGACCCGCUGGCGCUGUCCGAGCUGGAGCGCUGGGAGCGCAGCAAGAGUAAGAACCGCACGUUGGAUAACAGCGACCUGCAGCGGCUGGAGCGGGCCCAGGCCCAGGCCGUCGGGGGCCGGGGCCUCUUCCCCGGGGCCGCGCUGGGGGCCCCCGAGCACCGGCUGCUGCGCUUCUUCAGCGGCAUCUUCGCCAGGAAGGACGGCACCUCGACCCCCUUCGCCAGCCCCAACGGCCGCUCCCCCCGCGGCAGCUUCGCCCGCUCCCGGGGCUACUUCAGCAGCCUCAAGAGGGCCGCCCUGGACAUGCAAUCCAGCAGCGAGAGCAUCGGCGGCUCCCCGCAGAAAGAUGCGUUCGUGAACAGCCAGGAAUGGACGCUGAGUCGGUCUGUGCCAGAGCUGAAAGUGGGAAUUGUGGGUAAUUUGGCUAGUGGCAAGUCUGCGCUGGUACACCGGUAUCUGACUGGCACCUAUGUUCAGGAGGAAUCGCCUGAAGAUGUGGAUGCAGGUGGGAGAUUCAAGAAGGAAAUAGUUGUCGAUGGCCAAAGCUACCUGCUGCUGAUUCGCGAUGAAGGGGGCCCUCCGGAGGCACAGUUUGCCAUGUGGGUGGAUGCUGUUAUAUUUGUCUUCAGCUUGGAGGAUGAGAUCAGCUUCCAGACAGUUUACCAUUACUACAGUCGAAUGGCCAACUAUCGGAACACGAGUGAGAUCCCCAUGGUACUAGUGGGAACCCAGGACGCAAUAAGUUCCAACAACCCACGCGUCAUCGAUGAUGCUCGAGCGCGGAAACUGUCAAAUGACCUGAAGAGAUGCACGUACUACGAGACAUGUGCGACCUACGGCCUGAACGUGGAACGCGUGUUCCAAGACGUUGCUCAGAAGAUUGUCGCCACCAGGAAGAAACAACAACUUUCUAUAGGACCCUGCAAGUCAUUGCCCAACUCUCCCAGCCACUCCUCCGUGUGCUCCGCCCAGGUCUCCGCCGUGCAUAUCAGUCAGACGAGUAAUGGAGGAGGGAGCUUGAGUGAUUAUUCAUCCUCCGUCCCGUCCACUCCCAGCACCAGCCAGAAAGAGCUACGAAUUGAUGUCCCUCCUACUGCCAACACUCCGACUCCUGUCCGCAAGCAGUCCAAGCGGCGAUCCAACCUAUUCACAUCUCGAAAAGGGAGCGACCCAGACAAAGAGAAAAAAAGCCUGGAGAGUAGAGCGGACAGCAUUGGAAGUGGCCGAGCAAUUCCAAUUAAGCAGGGCAUGCUGUUAAAACGAAGCGGCAAAUCGUUGAAUAAAGAGUGGAAGAAGAAAUAUGUCACCCUGUGUGACAACGGUGUCCUGACCUAUCACCCAAGUUUACACGAUUACAUGCAGAAUGUCCACGGGAAGGAGAUCGACCUCCUGAGAACCACUGUGAAAGUGCCAGGGAAGAGGCCCCCGCGCGCCACGUCAGCCUGCGCCCCCAUCUCCAGCCCCAAGACCAACGGCCUGGCCAAGGACAUGAGCAGCUUGCACAUCUCGCCCAAUUCCGGGAAUGUUACCGCUAGUGCGUCUGUGUCUCAGAUGGCCAGUGGCGUCAGCUUAGUGUCCUUCAACACGCGCCCCGAUGGGAUGCACCAGCGCUCCUACUCCGUCUCCAGCGCCGACCAGUGGAGUGAAGCCACAGUCAUUGCCAACUCGGGCAUCAGCAGCGAUACAGGUUUGGGCGAUUCCGUCUGUUCGAGCCCCAGCAUAUCCAGCACCACAAGCCCCAAACUCGAUCCUCCGCCUUCCCCUCAUGCCAACAGGAAAAAACAUAGACGGAAGAAAAGUACCAGCAACUUCAAAGCAGACGGGCUCUCGGGCACGGCUGAAGCCAAGCGCAAAGCAUGGAAACUAAACCGUGUUGGUAGCCUGCGAAAUAUAUACAGCAGCAGCAGCACCAACACCGAAGAACAAGAAGAAAACUUUGAGUUUAUCAUUGUGUCCCUCACCGGCCAGACGUGGCACUUUGAAGCCGCCACGUAUGAAGAACGGGACGCUUGGGUACAAGCCAUCGAGAGUCAGAUCCUGGCCAGUUUACAGUCCUGUGAGAGCAGCAAGAACAAGUCCCGCCUGACGAGCCAGAACGAAGCCAUGGCCCUGCAGUCGAUCAGGAACAUCCGCGGGAACUCGCAGUGUGUGGAUUGUGAGGCACAAAACCCAAACUGGGCCAGUUUGAACUUGGGGGCCCUCAUGUGCAUCGAAUGCUCAGGGAUACACCGGAAUCUUGGCACGCACCUGUCCCGCGUCCGAUCGCUGGACCUCGAUGACUGGCCCAUUGAACUCAUCAAGGUCAUGUCCUCCAUUGGGAACGAACUGGCCAACAGUGUCUGGGAAGAGAGCUGCCAGGGACACAUGAAACCCUCGCUGGACUCCACCAGGGAAGAAAAGGAGCGAUGGAUACGAGCUAAGUAUGAGCAGAAGCUCUUCCUGGCUCCUCUGCCAUGCAUGGAACUCUCUCUGGGCCAGCACCUGCUGAGGGCCACGGCAGACGAGGACUUGAGGACUGUCAUCCUGCUCCUGGCCCACGGCUCACGGGAGGAAGUGAAUGAGACCUGCGGGGAGGGUGACGGACGCACGGCUCUCCACCUGGCCUGUCGGAAGGGGAAUGUGGUCCUGGUACAGCUCUUGAUCUGGUAUGGCGUGGAUGUCAUGGCCCGAGACGCCCACGGAAACACGGCUCUGGCCUACGCCCGGCAAGCCCCGAGCCAGGAGUGCAUUGACAUUCUCCUGCAGUACGGCUGUCCCGACGAGCGCUUCGUCCUCAUGGCCACCCCGAACCUGUCCCGGAAAAACAACAACCGGAACAACAGCAGCGGCCGGAUGCCCACCAUCCUCUGAGUUGUGAGUGCGGCUCUGCCGGCACCCCAAAAUCAGCAGCCCUCCUUGUACCCUUUCUCCUCCAAAUUACAGCCUGUGAGUGUCAUGAGGUCCCCGUCCCCCCUCGCCAUCCUAGCCCACCCCACUCCCCCCAAAUCAGAAAUCUGGACAAACAGGAGGAGAAUAGAGGCGGAAGAGGAGGAGGGAAGAGGACCACAGAAGGAACGAUCCUCCUUAAAGAUCUUAAUGAUGAACACAGAAAGAGGGAGGAAAAAAAAAAAACCAGCCUGGCCCCGGUCCCUUUGAUCAUGCUUAACACGCGGCAUGGGACCGAGCAUUUUACGGGUUGUCCGCAGACUGUCUCGGCAAGUGAUGGGGACGAGGGCGGGGGAGGGAGGCAGGGAGAAGGAAGGAGGGAGGAAGAGGAGGCAGAAGAGAGAAGGCACGGUAACUUUCCUUAACUGCCAGUUAAGCACAUCAGUACUUUUCCCCGCUCCCAAACGGAACCCCUGGAUUUCAUUCUCUUUGCCGAGGAGCUUGACGACAUAAAUCAGAAGCAAGCACAGAGUUUGUCAGGUUUGAAGCUCCUAUGAUGGUGUGUGUCAAAUCAGUUGUAGCUAAUCUGUCCAGGGAGAAUACUGGCUUCAUUACACUUGUAUAGUUGAGCUCUUCCAGCAUUACCGCUGUUUAAUAGGACAUGAUUAGUCAUCACGGAGAAAAAAGCAUAUUAGCUGAGAAGGUAGUUACUCGGCACGCAUCGGUGAUUGCCUGGAUGUGAUUGCAAUAUUCUUCCGAGCAUCAUAUUAUCUCAGACAUGUUCUUCGGAGCCCUUGGAGUCCUCCUUUCUAAAUUCACUGUCAUAAUUUAGGAUCUGUUUAAUUUUUCAGCCCAAAGAGAGAAAAGCAGUUGCCGAGUAGUAUUUGACUGCAGUCUCCUUGGUGUUAACAACAAAAUGGGAAAAAAUAAAUAAAAGUAACGAUGAAAUCCAGAAAGGAAAUCGUGAACCCUGCUAACAAUCACAUUUCAAGUACGUUUAGUCAACUCAGUAAAUGAGUCCACAGCAAUUUUUUUUUCUUUCCAGCCGAGAGAGAGAUUUUUUUUUUCCUGUCCUUUGGCCAAGGUGGGUGUGUCAAAUUCAGGGGUCCCUCUCAUGCUGUGUUGCCUAAGUUAUACAGAUUUUUGUAUUGUGUCUUUAGAUGAGUGUAAAAUCUAUUUGAAUAAAAAAAAAAGUUCACAAAGAUGCAUUGAUUUUUGUACAGAUGGAUGGCACCUCCACUGAUUUGGAAAUUGACCUACAUGUGAACACAUCGUGGGGCAACUUGAGGGGAUGGGAGGGUUACGGGUCAUUGACACAGAAAGGGCCCCAACGGCAGCCACUUCCCAUCUAUUUUUGUAUAUUCUUAAAGAACGUUUUGGAAUGAUAGGCUAGCCCGUUUUAUUUAUUUUUUAAAAGGUGAUGCUGAACCUUGUUAGAAAGCUAAGGGGAGGGGUGGGUGCUUUUCAGCCGGGGAAACAAUUUAGAUGUAACAUUUUUGCCGAGGGAGACAAAGGGCUGGGUCUUAAGGGAAGAGCAGAUUUAUCUCCUAAAACCCAAAUGCUUAGGAAAGGGAGCCCGUGAAUAACAUCCCCUCUCAUCUCCCACUCUGGCUGAUCUCAGGGGGGAAGACAGACCUGCCCCAACCGAACACUCCUUCCCGGGCACAUGGCAAAACAAACGGGAUUGUUUCUGAGGUGGAGGAGCGGGGAUCCCGAAGAGGCCCUUGGGAGUAGGGAGGUGGAGAGAGGGGUCUGGAACCGUGAAGGGGGAAAUCUGGCCUGAAUUAGAAAGCGCUGGACGGUGUUGCCAAUCCCAUCCAGCCAAAUAAUUCCAGAAACUCUGUUUCCAGUUUUGUACAUGUGUCAUCUAUGUUUCCUUGGGAAUUUUUUAAAUUUUUGUUUUUGCUUUAAUUUUAUCUUUUUCUUUCCUUUAAAAAAAAAAAAAGGAAAGGAAAAGAAAAGAAAAAAAAAAAAGAUUGAGCAAAACAUUAAGCACUGAGUAGAAUAUAAAUCAGUUUCUCCUCUGAAUUAAACCUCUGAAAUGUCAGUGUUGGGAGAAGCAGGAAGGGGGUCCCCAGGGUGAGAAUGAUCCCCAGAUUUCCUGCCUCCCCUUUAGUGUUGGAGAUACACACUCCACUCCUGCAUGCCUGCUUUUGUCUCUGUCUCUCUCUCUCUCCCCGUCCCUUCUACCCCCUCCUUUCUUUCUCCCUCUGUCCCCCUCCCACCGUGGAAGCCCAUCAGUCUCAGUUCCAUCUCCCGAGAGCAGGAAGUACAUUGCCCCUGCUCCUGCUCCUCUUAACUCAUUGUUGGUGCUCCGGGAGGAAGUCCGCUCUCCUGAGCCCAAGUUUUGGCAACAAGAGGUUUCAAAAGAAGGAGGGGGUGCUAAGUGGGGGUCUUGUUUGUGAGUCUGCUUUUGUGCUGUUAGAAAAAACAGAAGCUCCUUCCUUAUUCCCAAAGCUUAGCCUCCCAUUUGAAUGUUUUACUAACAAAGAAAAUAAAAAACUUAAGGAGAGAGGCCUGUCCUAGAGAUUGCACUUGGUAGGGGGCAAAGGAUAAAGUGUAAAAUAUUUAUUUCCAUGGCCGUUUUGAGCUCUGUAGGAACUGGUGGAUGAGACAGAACAGUUAGGGGGGGGGGGGGGUUAGUUUGUUUUGUUUUAAUAAAAGCGACUAAAAAGGAAAAAGCAAAGAUUGGAAGGAUGAUGGAGAAUAUGACAAGGGGAGAGAAGAAGAAAGAAUCAGGAGGCAAAAAGCUAAUGAUGCCGUCGUCCCUCACAGAAGGACAAUUGCUGCAAUUUUAUAUCCAAGCAAACCUUCCUUCCUUCCUUCCCUCAUCAGUCGCAUCAUUUGGCUGAACGGUUGCUAAAAUGGAUGAGUGUUUAUUGCAGAUCUAGUCAGGUCCAGAAAAAAAAGUAAAGGCAGGCUAGAAAAAGGAUUGACUUCUAAGAGAUCUGCUACCGAAACCUCGCUGCCUUUGUUUCAGUGGCCGGGUCCCCUUGAUUGAAGAGGAUCUCAGAUCUCAGGAUGUACAGCUCCCCCCCCCCCCUUCCCCUUUCCCUACCUUGCCCUGCUGCUCCCAGAAAUGAGCAGCCCUGGAAGAUGAGUGGAGUGUGAAUUAAUGAAUCUCCUGCCCUAUGAGCAGAGCAAUAAGUUCACAUCAACAUUUACAUAUUCCAGAAGGGUGUGGCAAUAUAUACCACCAGCCCAUUGAUAGAGAUUAUUGGUCUUGGAGGUGACGGUGAGAGCAAGUGUAAUGAGCUCUGGCCGGUGCAAAAUUCAUUCCUGGCUCCUAAGUAGUUUGGUAAUUUGUUACGUUAUAUUGCACAGAGAGUGUGUGAGAUGGAUCUGCAAGUUGGGGGGAGGGAGGAUUGUUUUGUUUUGUUUUUCCCUGGGCCUUCUGGAUGCUGGCUGACCAAAACAAAAGGGAGAAAGAGAGAGGGAGGGGUUAGCAUUUUCUUUACAAAGGUUUACAUUCAGGGAAAGUUCCAAGGGGCCCCCACCAUUCUCAUUCACCCACUUCUUUGGGCAGCAUGAAAGGGAAAAGCAGAAAACUUGGAUUCUUGUCUAGGAAGGAUGGAUGGCCUGGAUGAAAGUUAGACCCACUGAACAUUAAGGACGAAGGGAAAGCCUUUGCUGAGGAUGAAAGAAUCACACGGUCAUCGAACUGGAGUUAAAAGAUGCAGCUCAUUUCAGCUGCAUUUUGUAGAUGAGAAAAGUGAGAUUGGGAAUGCUUAGGCAGAAUCAGAGGCAGAACUUGAACCCAGAUGCAGAGGGCGUGAUUUUUCCACGGUGCCCCACUGCCCUCAUUGUCAUAAUCCAUAGGAAGAAAAACGGUUCCCCCAAUAAGCCUGAGUCUCUCUCCCUUCUGCUCUUAGCCCCUCUUUCACUGGCUUUCUCUAGAGUCCAGCUUCCCUGUUCUGCACACAUACACCCCAAGUAUCUUAUGAACAGAUGGAAAAAAUACAUUUUUAAAGCAGAAGGAAAUGCCCAUAGAAAUGCAUGGCACACUUGAGUCUGGCCGGUUAAUUUGUAUAAUACGACCUCAUAUUUCCACAACCCCCUUGUCAGUCUUCCCACUUGCCAACUCUCACCUCUCAGAGUUUAUACUUUGAAAAAAAUGAGAGGUUAAGAUCCUGGAUGAAAGUUACCAUCAACUUUCCUAACGUGGCCCAUGCCCUUCCUUUUCUGUGAUGCACAAAGUCCCUUGGGGCCACCCAGGCAGAGGAUGACUUUUAAUACCCCUUUAUUUUAGAAGCGAAGGGUUUGGACACCACGCCAUGGCUGCAGCAUAGAGCAUGGCCCAGGUUUGGGCCUUUUAAGGUACUAAAUUAUAUGACUUUGUAGCCCAGGAUGCAUUUUGGGACCCCUAGUGCUCUUCAUGCAUAUGGACUCUUUCCAUCUCCAAGAGGGAUUAGACUGUGGCUGAGUCCCAGAGGGAAAAUGAAUGGAAAUUGCAAGAGGGAACAUAACAUUUUGCCACGAGGGCACAUGUCCUAAUACUUAGAGUUGUCAUGAGCAAAAUGGGAGCACCAGGCAGAGCUGGGAAUGGGAAUGGGAAUGGUCAUGCAGAGGCUACACAAGCCAGCUGCUCAGGAUGCUAUUGAGAACUGGCAGGUGAUGAGGGUCCUACCCAACUUUACAAAUAAUGUUUUUUUUCGUUUUAGGUCAGAUAUAGAAGUAAUUUAAUCUUGGGUUAUUUCUUUUGAUCAAAAAUAAAACCUUUUUUUUAAAAAACCAAGAACUCUUGACUUGAAAAAUAGUUGGAGGGUUUCAGCAAUAUUCUCUCUGUAUCCCUAUAUCAUGCAUGUUCCUCUAUGUGCAAAUGCAAAGAGGAAGUGUGAAAGGCCAAAUCUCAGGUCAUUUCUUCUGCAUCUUCAGUUAAAAUAUAAGCCCCUUGAGGGCAGAAGCUGAUUUUUUCCUUUGUUUUUCUAAAACUUAGCAGGGUAGGUGGCACAUAGCACACAAUAGGUCUUUUAAUAAAAGUUUAUUUAGUGGUACUUCACCAAACACACCAGCUCUGUAUGUAGGGCACUGUCCUAGGUGCUGAAUGAGAUCCAAAGCCUUUUAAAAGUCUUUACAAAAUUCAUAGAAGAAAUCUUUGGACAAUUUUUUUUUUUUUUUUUUUUUUGCUCUGAGAUUACAGAUAUGAAAUUGGAAGGGGUGUGAGAGAUCAUUUAGUUCUACUUCAGUCCCACUUCACAGAUGAGUUUUCUGAGGCAGAGAGAUGUCAGCAGAAAAGCCUGGACCAAAACCAAAGGCUUUUGAUCCCAAAUUCAGAGCUCUAUCCAAUGAGCAACACUACCCAUAAUAUAGUGCUUAGAAACAACGGAGCUUUAUGCUUUAAAAAACACUUUCCAAUGCAAAAUUUCAUUUGAUGUUCCCCAAACUCAAUAACACAAAGCACAUAUUAUAGUUCACAUUUUCAUCACAUUUUCCCCUAUGAAAAUGAAUGGGCUUGUCCAAAUGAUGGAGUCAGAUCUUCUGACUUUGAGGUCAGUGCUCCUUCUGCUCUACCUGCACUCAAGUGCUGUCCAAAACAGAUUCAAAUGCCCUCGGCAAGCACCCUUCUAAUAAAUGAAUGGAAAUUCCAGAAGGAUAGGACUGUUGGGCUUUUUAGGCUUAACACCUAGCUCAAUGCUUGGUAUACAGUAGAUGCUUGAUAAAUGCUUUGAGGACAGUUGAAUAUGAUGACAUUGAUCACAGAAAGCCAGUCUCUUAACUCAGAUUUCAAGAGAAGGUCUUUCAUUUUUCUUGCCAGACAGAUAUUAUUUAGACUUGGAUAGAAAGCAAAAAAAAAAAAAAUCCUUUUGAAAUCUGUCCUUAAAAAUAAGAAAAGAAAAAGAAAUCAAGCUAAUCAUAGGAAAUUCUGCUAUGAUGGCACUUAUCAAAUGAAGGAAUCCUGAUUUUAGUUGAAGACAAUUUCCUAUCUUACUGUCCCUUGUAUAUAGAAAUCUUUAGAAAUAGCAUUUGGCCCAUAGAGCGUUAGCCAUUCCCGAGUGACAUCCGGGCCGUUCUUGGGCUGCCUGCCUCCCUUCUCACGUUCCCAGAAGUUUCACAUUUAUGUCACAUGCAUCUUUGGGAUACAUUUGAGAGAUAGGAAGAAUUACAAUAAGUCAAUAGGAAGAAACAAGCUAGAAAUAUUUCUCAUGCAUUGCUUAUGCAAAUAUUCAGUUGUUUCCUGUGGUCACAAACUAUUAUGAGUGCAGAGGGAUACUGAAGGAAGGCCCUUGGAAAAGGAAUUUUGUGGGUUAUUUACUAGAGUAGAUGAAAAAAGUACUUUGAGAAAUUAGAACAUUUCAAAUGGGGGGAAUUCACCUGGAACAUAUAAAGUAAAAUUAGUCCAUCAACAAGUACAAAUGUUUUAAUAUCAAUAGAAGAACACUAAAAAGAUGCUCUAUGAAACUGUGAACUUCUUAGAUUUUGAGUUUGGGGAUGUGUAUUAAUAUAUAAAGUAGUAACACAAUUGCCCUUUUUGUGUCCUUCUACAUAAAGUAAUCUUUUCCUCAAAGAUUUGGAAAAAUGUACACAGUGCUUGCUCCUAGUUGUUAAAGGCAUGUGCAAAUUGAAUAUCUUUCAUGACCAUUGAUGGGAUCCUUCCCUAAGCCACAGAGAACCCCUAGCAAUUCUCUGUGAAAAAUGAGCACUCCCUGCAAGGUCAACUAAUGGGUCAAGGUUAGUCAGGGCAUCUCCCUCCUUGGCCCAAUUCUCCAGUUGAGAUGCACCAAGUCCUGCAAAGGAAAGGAACCCCUAUUCCAUGGGUGUUGAUCUCACUGGUAGAGGUAGGAAACAUUGGGAUGGAGGUGAGGGGAGGGGUCCCGAUUGGCUUUGGAAGGGAUAUUUGGGAUAUUCUUCCCUUAGUACAGACAGGCAGUGUGUGCGUUUUGAGAGCCACCCCACCCAUUCCAUCCCAGCGGUCCCUAUCCAGCAGUACAUUGCUUUCCCUUUGGGCGCUUGACUCUCUUUCCGGGGCUCACCCCCAGCUGCCUUCUCGUAGCCCUCCCUAGUGAUCCAACCCCCCCCUUCUCAUCUUGUCAGCAGGGGGCUGGGGAACAUUGUGAAAGGUCUCUCUCAGGCCUGGUACAGGGCAGAUGUUAACGCACGGUUAUUGUUUUUUUGUUGUUGUUGUUUCUGUAAAUAGCAAUGUACAAAUGAUGAAAAAAGCAGUGUGGAAUUAAUGAAGAGAUGAGCUUUUGGGUUGUUUUUAUAUUACCUCAUUCAGCAAGUUUGUUUUACAAUGAUGAUUCAACAACGCUUAAUUUAUAUUGUUUGUACUGUAAUUAAAACCAUUGACAGACAUUUCACCUUGCUUGUUAUUUCAUACAAUCUUGAUUUGAUUAAAUAUGCCAGUUUGUAUUAUGUUUUUCUCCCUCCCAUGGGAUUUCUUUGUGUGUGUCAGCUGUACAGUAUUCUGAAUGAAAAAUGAAAAAAAAAAGAAAGAAAAGGUGUAAAGUACUGCCUAGGGAGAAUGAGAGAGAGGCUGCUAUAUUGUACAGGUCUCUAAUAAAGAAAAAAAACAAGUA